UUCUGAUCGAAUUGAUUGGCAUACUAUAAAAACUUUGAAAAUUAAAUUGACCAUAAGCAGAGGGAGUUGGUAUCAGAAGUUAACAACAGAAAUACCCGCUGGUAAGUAAGAGUCAGAGCGAAGACUAAAGGGAGACUAGAGAGACAAAUAAAUUAUGUUCCGAUCCCGGCGCCGCUCCCCUUACGGCGCCUAUUUAUGCGCCGUCAUUUCCGCCCUCCUCCUCCUUUUAUCCGUCUCACUUCUCUACUCUCGCCUCUCUCUCUCCCAUUCCCAUACUCACUCCAUCCCCCGCACUCUCCUCUCCGAUUCCGACUCCGACGCCGACUCCGACGACUCCGAUCUCUCCACUUCCGAUCCCAUCGACGAACUCGACUUCAUUGACCUCGACCAACAACAACAGCAAAACCAACCUCCUAACACCAAACCUUCCCUUUACUUCUUCGAUCCUCUCUCCUCCGCCAUUCGAAGAUCUUUCAAAACCCCUCCCAUUUUCAUCGACGAAAUCACCACCGACGAAUUCACCAUCUUCUCAUCUCCACAAGAUACUUCCAAGUCCGCCUUCAGCUCCGACGACAUCCCCCUCGACGAUGACGUCAUACACAAAGCAACAAUAAUCACGUCAAUCGAAGACGCGCUUCUUCUCAAAUCACCUUCCCUCAGAGAAAACUGGGGUGAAUGGUUCGACAAGAAAGCUCUCUUUCUCAGAAAAGAUAAAAUGUUGAAGUCGAGUUUCGAAGCUUUCAAUCCAAUGCUCAAUCCUCUUCUUCAAGAUCCCGACGCCGUCGGUGCCUCCGGUCUCACCAGAGGUGAUAGAAUCCUCUAUAAAUGGUGGAUCAACGAGUUCAAGAAUGUUCCAUUUUCACCUCACAAAAACAUUAACAACGGGAAACUAACGACCGUCGCUAAAGGUGUAGCAGAACGCAGAACUUUGAAUGAUAAUGAUAAUGAUAAAGAUAAAGCUGAGUUUUUUAAUCGUCAUAUAUAUGCCGAUGGUAAUAAUUGGGGUUAUUUUCCUGAAUUGCCACUGCGUUUGUCAUUUAAUCAUUUCAUGGAUGCAUUCUUCAGGAAGGGUAAAUGUGUCAUGAGGGUUUUUAUGGUGUGGAAUUCACCCACUUGGAUGUUCACUGUUAGGUAUCAGCGUGGUCUUGAGAGUUUGCUAUUUCAUCACCCUAAUGCAUGUGUUGUGGUCUUCUCUGAAACAAUUGAGCUUGAUUUCUUUAAAGAUAGCUUUGUUAAAGAUGGUUACAAAGUUGCUGUUGUUAUGCCAAAUCUCGAACAGUUGCUGGAGGGUACGCCUGCCGACAUUUUUUCUUCUGUUUGGUUUGAAUGGAAAAAGACAAAGUUUUAUUCCACUCAUUACAGUGAGCUUAUUCGUCUUGCAGCUCUGUAUAAGUAUGGUGGGAUCUAUCUAGACUCAGAUAUCAUAGUCUUGAAACCAAUUUCUUUUCUUAAUAAUUCUGUUGGCAUGGAGGAUCAUGCUUCUGGAAGUUCUUUGAAUGGUGCUGUGAUGGCUUUUGGAAGGCACAGUCUGUUCAUAAAGGAGUGCUUGGAAGAGUUUUAUAUGACAUAUGACGACACCAGUUUGAGAUCAAAUGGUGCUGAUCUAUUGACAAGGGUUGCACGAAAAUUUGUAGGAGAGAAGAAUAAAAAUAUCAAACGGUUGGAGUUGAAUGAGGAACCCUCACAUAUCUUCUUCCCCGUCAAUUCUCAGGACAUCACAAGAUACUUUGUUGCACCAGCAACAGGAACGGAGAAAGCUCAGCAAGAAGUUCUACUUGAAAAAAUAAAGCUUGAGUCAUUGACAUUUCAUUUUUGGAACAGCGUGACUUCUGCCCUCAUCCCAGAACCAGAUAGCCUUGUAGACCGGCUUAUGAAUUAUGCAUGUAUCCGAUGCUUGGAGUUACUGUAAAUGCCAAGUUAUGCCAAUGCUGCUGUACAAGUUUGUUGUAUGUUUGUGGUUGAAUGUUGGGUUGAACUCCACUGCUCGAAGAAGAGCUAAAAUAUAUACCGAAACCUUUGUAGACUAAGGCCAGCGUUACCGAAUGUUCAUAUGUUACAACUAACAAUGUAGAAUGUAUUAGAGAUGCAGUGGCUAAACACUGCAUGGUUUUGGGGGAAUUGUAGCUGAUAUUUUUUAUUAGUCAGUGAAGAAAUAGAGCAAGAUGUUGGUAUCAAUUUAUUCAAGUAAAUGUACAAGUGGUUUGAACUUUGAACCUCAUAUUUUCACCAAAAUGCUUGAGAUACUGGAUAUAUGAGUUCCAUUACUUAUA